AUGAGGAGAAGAGCAAUGUCACACAAUGUAAAACGUUUGCCAAGGCUUUUUAGGCCUGUUGAUGUUAAUUUAAAUAAGAAAAAGAAGAAAAAGAUGCCUAGUCGUAUUUGGAGGAGAAGAGCUUCUAGGCUUAUUAGACGUAGCAUGGUAGAGAAUUCAAAACCUCGUUGGUUAUCUACACAUAUUUGGCAUGCUAAACGAUUUCAUAUGGAAGCAAUUUGGGGAUUUAAAUUAGCUGCUAAAUGUUGUCAAAAAACUUUUAGACCAAACUAUCGUUCUUCGCUUUCUUCUUCAAUUAUAACAGAUCGAAGUUAUUUAACUUGUUUGCAAUUCACUUUAACUAAAAAUACUUCAAUUUCAUUCAUUUCAAAUUUAUUAUCAAAAUUUUGUCAAAAGAAAUGUUCUCCAACUUUUAAUAAUUUAUUUGCUAUUUCUGGUAAUUUUGAAAUAUCUCUGCUUCUUUUUAAACCUGGUGACGAUUUUAAUGGAUUUAUUGGUCCUUGUCGAUUUUCUUGGUUUUUACCUAAUAAAUUAAUUUUAUGGAUUCACCCUUCAAUUGAGCUUGAUUUUUUAAAAGAAAUUUCUUUAUUAAAUGAAAUUAAAAUUAUUUCUCCUUCAAAAUAUUGUAACAAUACAGCAGAGAAGAUUGAGGCUUAUAUUGAGUUGAAUGUUUUAAAAAAUAAAAUUAGUCGUUUUCAAUUAAUUGGGCCCAAAUCUUUAAUUUAUUUAAACUUUGUUUUUAAACUUGUUUUGGAUGAAGAAUUGGAUAUUUUGGAUUGUUCUGAUUACAGAGAUAUUCACAAUUGGUGGCGUUUAUUUGCAACAAAAAUAGUCUCAAAUUCUUCUCUUCAAUCUGGCACUUUAAUUAAUUUACUUGUAGAAGAUCCACGUUUAUUUCGUGCUCAACGUUCUUUAAAUAAUAAAUUUAUUGAAGAAAAUAAUGAAAUUAAUUAUUCAAAUAUUCCUUUACCUCCUUCAAAUAAUUCAAAAAAUUUAAAAAUAAAUUUAUGGAAUUGGAAGGAAUUUGAAGAUGAAAUGCUUCCAAAGAGAUUGACAAAUUCUGAUUUUGAAAAGAUUUGUGUGGGAAAAUUGGUUUUGCCUAGCCGGACAGAUUUUAAGGUUCCAAUAGUCCUUAUCCUUCAUUUACCCCAAAAAUGUAAAAAUUAUCUUGGAGGAUUUCGAGUUGAUUUUUUAUGCCCAACACAAGUUAGCUAUGAUUUUUGGUUAGCUUUUCAAUUUGCAAAAUGUCGAGCAAUUGGAUUAAAAAAUUGGGAACAUUUAAAUUUUGAAAAUGGUUUGGUAAAUUUCCCAAAUGAAUUUGUAGAUUCUUUUGCUGGGAAAAGAAAAUUGAAAGAAGAAGUUGAAUUAAUUGAGGUUUUUUUAUUAUAUUUUUGUCCAAAUCGAAUAUUAUUUAUUAUUCCAAGUAAUUUGGGGAAAAUAUUUUUUCCAAAAUUCCGAAAGGGCAGGGACUGGGAAAAUUUUUUUCAUAAUUUUUGA